AAUUUGGCACCAGGGACUUUGCAAGUCAUAAUCCAUCCCUGAUUCUUCACAUCAUCACGUGAUAUCUGGUUUGAGGCAUAAAUACCGCUGUCUGUAAGCGUAAGAAAGCUGAAGUCUUUCAGGAGAACACAGAAUAUACCAGACCUUACAGUUGGACGCAUUACCAGUCUACGCUCAAUUAAAAAAACAAAAAAACAUGGCCAAUUCCACAGCACUUGCCGUCAGUGAUUCUCAGUUGAGUCCAGAGUUCAUCCAGGAGCUUCUUCCAUCUGCAGAGCGAACGGCUCUCCUCUAUCAUCUGUCAUUCUUGUGUCUGGGAGGCUUCCCAAAGCUGGAGCGUAAGAUCAGAGACCAAGCUAUUGAAACACAAAUGCUGUUCGGAUCCUCUGAGGCUGUUCUGCUGAAGUGUGCCGGCACGAGUUCCAACCUGGUCACCUCGCUGUUCCCAAUACUGAUAAAAGCUGUUGAGAAGAACAAACCCAAACUGGCUGUGGCGUACCUGGAGAAAGCCAGAAAAUGGAUCAAGGACAUCAUUAUAGCCGUGGAUGACAUGGUGAUGAGGUAUGAUCAUCAAGCCCAAAGUGUGAAAACAUGCACCAGUGAUGUGUAUGAAGAACAGAACACGACUGAGGAAAAAAUAAAGGAACACACUGUCGAGAUGAAGGCUCUGGAGGAUGCUUUGGCCAAGCUUGAAACGGAUCUGAAGAAAAAUGAAAGCGAUAUAAAUGCAAUUGAGGAAAGAAUUGAUAAAAGCACCGAAGAGCUGUAUUACCUGAUCAUAAAUAAUAGAAGUUAUGGCUAUUCUAUUUUCUGGGGCUUUUUCUCACGUUGUCGAAGCUAUAAUGAUGAUGCUAUUCGUGCUAAACAAGCCGAACUGAACAGUCUCGUCUAUGAAAAGAACAGUCUGAGAAACCAAGGGUGGAGCAUCAAAAUCAAACAGACUGAUCUUCAGCUGAAGUUGGCCAAUUGCAAAAUACAGCUGGGUGAGAUUCCCAGUCCUGUCCACCUGAAGGAAGUCCAGAAGUGUCUUGAUCAAAUUCGACAAAUUCUGGUUGAUCUUAAUAAGUUCUGGAAGAAAGUGGGUGUUACGCUGGAGACACUGAAAGAGAAGACCUUUGUUGGGGAUGUACUGAUUGAAGAGCUGGAAGACCUGAAGGAGGAGUUUCUGAACUCCAUUGAAGACGCAAAACUGGACUGGAAGAGAUUUGGUGAAUGCUGUCAGAGAGCACAGGGCAUCUUCAGCAUUCAGUCUAGGACUGCAUAUAAAUUCCUGGAGGUCAAUCCGUCUUCACUUUCAAAGGAUGAAUGGAAUAAGCAGUAUGAGUCUAUCAUGGCGAAGCUGAAGAUGAUCUGAUGCUUCUUUCACACUUUAAACGCUCUUUAUAAGGCAUACACACAUUAAUGCAUAGAGCUUAUCUUGUCAUUUUUGUAAUGCUUUGUAAUCAUUCUUUCAAUUACUGUUCAACAUACAUAUACUUUAGUGAGUGUAUGUUAGGAAUAUUAUUUCCCUAUUCUAUGUCUCAAUUUAUGAAUAUCUCUCUUAAAAUUGCUUUGCAUUUCAUUAUGGUUUAUAGAUCUUGUGGUGGGUCUGGUCACAUGACUGAUGUCUAUGUCACACAAUAAAGACUAAAGACAUUAAA